UGUCUAUAAGUAGAGGGAAGAUCAUGGUAUUAAUUUAUUUUAUGCAUUUCUCACGUAGUUAAGGUACGUGCAUCUCUCACACUAAAUCUCUCUCUAUAUAGUAAUAGAGGAAAUAUGGCGCUGAGCUUAGCACCCCAGAAGGCAGAUGAAAAGGUGUUCGAGGGAGAAGGUGGAUCAUACCAUAGCUGGUCACCUUCCAACUUUCCAUUGCUUGGUGAGGCUAACGUUGGUGCGGGUGUUCUCAUGUUGCAUCCUCGUGGUUUUGCUCUACCUCACUAUGCAGAUUCCUCCAAGAUUGGCUUUGUUAUUCAAGGUACCUGCACUGUUGGAAUGGCAUUUCCCAACACAUCAGAAGAAACUGUCGUGAUAGUUAAAAAGGGAGAUGCAAUCCCAUUGGAAAUCGGAGUAGUUUCAUGGUGGUUCAACGGCGGAGACACCGACCUGGUUAUCGUGUACCUGGGAGAUACUUCCAAGGCUCACACUCCGGGGUCAUUCACCUAUUUCUUUCUCACCGGCAUUCUAGGCAUUCUGGGAGGUUUCUCACCCGAAUUCGUUAGCAAGGCUUAUGAUUUGAACGAAGAAGAAACGAAAAAGCUCGUAAAAAGCCAAACAGGUGCUUUGAUAGUGAAGCUUAACAAAGGAAUAGCCAUGCCUAAACCAUGCAAGAACGCUAGUGAUGGAAAGCUCGUGUUCAGCUUUGAGAAUUCAUCGCCUUUUGUUAAGGUCAAGAAUGGUGGAUUGGUGACAACUAUGACCGCGGAUAAACUUCCUUUGCUCGGAAAAGUUGGACUUAGUGCCAAUGUGGUGAAGUUGGAUGCUAAUGCCAUGUCCUCGCCAAUGUACACCACGGAUUCUUCUGUACAAUUAACUUAUAUUGUGAAGGGAAGUGGUAGAGUUCAAAUUGUGGGUAUUAACGGACAAGGCGCAUUGGAUGCAAAAGUAGAGGCUGGUCACUUGUUCGUCGUGCCCAAAUUUUUCCCGGUCACUCAUGUUGCAGAUGGAGAGGGAAUGGAGUUUUUCUCCGUUAUAACAUCUCCAGAGCCUGUAUUUGAGAAGUUAGCUGGGAAUACAUCAGUUUGGAAAGCUAUAACUCCAGUAGUUCUUGAAGCUGCUCUUGAUGAGACUUCAGAAUUUGUGGAACUUUUCAAGUCCAAGAUUAAAAAGAGCACAGUUCUUGUCCCUCCAGGGAAUUAAUAUUUGACAAGUUAAUUAUAUAAUUACCACUUCAGUCGCUGUUGUUGUGUUGUGUUUUUUUUUUUUUUUUUUUUUUUUUUUUUUGAUUUUUUUGCUAUCAGUCAUUGUUGUUGAAGUUUCUAUGUUGUGGCAGUAAUGAAAUAACGUAAUUGCUCAACACAUAUCCUGUUUUUGUUGUUUCUACUGUGUUUUUUUUUUUUUUUUUUGUUGUUGCCAUUGAUGUUUUGUGUUUGUGUGUGCGCAUGUGCAUGAGGUUGAUUACAAGGAUGGUUGGGUGUUGGAUAAGAUUGUAGGGGAAAUUGUACCGGCGCAUUUGAUCGUUCAUUAUAGCUCGUGUACUAUGUUAUGCACUCGUGCGUGUAUUAUACGGAUAGUCUCCAUGCGCCCGCGAUUAUUGCACGUGCAAUAUGCGUGCGUACUUGUGUGUGUAUUGCACGG